AUCAUGAAAAAUUAUGUGAGGCAAAGACAAAGUCAUAAUAUAGGCUGUGUUCAAUAUUGGUUAAUAUACCUAGUAAACAGACUCAAAGGGAGAAAACAACUGAUGUAGAUCAGAAACCGAAGAAGCAAGACAUGAUGCAGAUACCCAAGGAGGAUAAAGAUAACGGAGGAGAAAAACCCUACAGCUACACCCAACAACAAUGUUAUUUAUGUGUUGUGACCCAGAUUCGACUUAAAUGGGUCAGCCAAUGGGAGACAGUGAAAAACUGCUCAUAUGUGUUAAAGGAAUGCCGUGUAGACGAGGAAGGCUACGACUGUAUAUGGAUUAUUCUAAAACUUAUGAGAUAAAUUUAUUUGAAGACGAGUAAUAUAAGUUUUGAGUAUGGCAUCCAACAAUACACCAGAUGAACAUGAUCUACAAAAUGACGUUGAGUUAAAGGACCAUAACUUUGAUUGCAUGGUCAAAGAAGCCACUUCAACUGAUGAUGUAAAAAAUGUUUUGGACUAUUUUAAGAAGCUUCAACAAACAGGAUUCUUACAAGGACUUAAGUUUUUUAGAGAGGGUCGAACCGAUUUAUUUUAUAAUGAACAUGUUCUGGGAAAGGAACACAGUUUAGGCAAGACACGCAAUGCAUCUGUGGAACUUGUUUGUGAUAAAGAAACAAAUCAAGUGAUGGCACUGAAAGUGAUGAUGUUUAAAGAUAUGAAAGCUGAAGAAAUUCUCAGUUUAUACAAAAUGAGAGGAAAACAAGUUACUCCAGAUAUCUAUCAUUUUGAAAUGAACAGGAACCUCCUUUUAAUUACAAUGCAGUACAUUAAAGGAAAAACAAUAAAAGUCGUAGUAGAGAAAACAAAAAGCUUGGGCCCAGAUGAGCGAUUAAAAUUAGCAUGUUUUAUAAUCAGUGGAGUGUUAACAGCUUUUGAGUGUUUGAAAAGUAACGAUAUCCUACAUGGAGAUUUGCAUGCUGAGAAUGUUAUGAUAGAGGCAGAUUCAUUUGGAAUUUUCUUAAUAGAUUUAGGCCAAGCAGUUUUAAUGUCAAAUAGUAAGAACAUAAGAGAAGAAAUUGAAAAUGAUUUGCUUGGUGCUGCCUCUAUGUUUAUUGGUAUGUACACCACGAAGCUGCCCGAAAGCCUGAGCGAUACAAAAGCCACUCUCAAACGUAACUUAGACAGUGAGGCACUCUCUACUAAAGACUUACCUGGUGAUGUGCGUGAACUUUUAACAUUGUUUUAUGAUGCCAUUUAUACCAAAGAUGGAGAUACUUCUAACUUAAAAAAAGCUAUGGAAAAAUGUACAGAUAUAGAGUACUGUAAAAAGAAUUUUUCAAAAUUAUUGUUUGACGAUUUAGUUGAAGUACCAAUCAGUGAUGUAAAAAAGUUUAAUUCCAACUUACGAUUCAAAACAGGCAGAAGAAGAUUAUCAGACUCAGGUGAAUCUGACAGUAAUUGGGGUGAGAUCAAAAAUGUUUAUUCAUUGGCAAAUGGGAAUUUAUACUUCAAUCGACUAGUAGAACAGUUCAACUCGGCAAAAGAAACCCGUGGACUUUUAUUUGCCACACAGAAGCUUUCUGAAAACAGUGUCCAUGUUAGGCCUGAGGACCUCUAUGUUUCUGGUGAUCAAUGUUUAUCACUGGAUUAUCCUGUUGUGGCAAAUCAGUGUCGAUAUAAGGUGGUACAAGUGGCAAAAUUUAAUGGCGAUGAAGUUGGAUUCUUGUUUGAUUACCAAAACAAUCCUGAUUUGGAGAAAUGCCAGAUGAGGGCUAAAGUUCCAAAAUUAAUUCAACUCGUUAGGUGUUCAGACUUAAUUGUUAUAACUACACAACAUCUAAAUGGCAUAAAACUUUUAGAAGUAAAGGAAGCAAUUGCUAAAGAUGGAAACAAUAUAUACGGACUCUUUGCUUGUGUGCUAUUGUUUGAUUUGCUUUGUUUACAUCAAACAUUUGUUAGAAAGGGAUACUUGUAUACUACUAUUAAACAUGAUGCAAUUGUUUUUGAACAAAGAUCUACGUCAUUCUGUAUUAAUGAUUUUGGACCUGUAAGGAAAAUUAUAUGCAAUCAAGAGACAGCUAAAAUCUUUAAAGAUGCUAUUUACAACAUUAUCAAGUUUUGCUUAGGAACAGAAUUUCAAGUAGAUGAAGAGAAAGACAAUUUUUUAAAGACAUUACGUGCCUUAAAGAUGCCUAGACAGUUUAUAAAAUGUGUCAUUAAUCUGUAUGACUCUGUGGAAUAUGACAGCUUACAAACGUCCAUUGAAAACAUUCAGGAUAGUUUAUUUGAUGAUACUCUAAAAGAACAAGAAGCAAGGGAGAAACUAUGCAAUUUUCUAAAUGAAGAAAAUCAGACAUACGAUGAUGUGGAUGUUGCCAAUCCAGACUGUGGGCAACCUUUUGAAGAGACCUUGUCAGUUAAAUUAAAAAAACACCUGAAUAUACCUCCGCAAUCUGGAUCAGCUUAGAAAAUGUGGAGAAUACAGAAUAUUCCGAAAUUUCUUUUAGUUGUUGUUAGAUACCCUGAUUUUUAAUCUUUCUGGUUUACUAGGUUUUAUUUUUGGCGGUUGUUGUUUUAAUAUAAUAAUAAUGUCACACUUUGACAUUGUUGUUAAUCCAAGAUAGUUAAUUUUCGUGAUAAGUAAACAGGAAAUUUAAAAUAUGUAAACUAUUCACUAUUACUGUACAUUAAGUUUUUUACAUGAGUUACGUUGCAGACAACGUAUAUUAUGGAUAUAUUUAUAUAUAUACCUGUAUAUUUAUGUUUAAGACAAUGUGACGGUCACUUCGUGAAUGUGUAGGUUUCUGAUUGAAAUUUGUCACAUAACUGAAGCAUAACAAUGUUGUAUAGAAUAGAGUAGAUUGUAUUAUGGCUAGUGUAUAACCUAUUUUUGUUUGGUUGAAGUGUUACACAAUUGCUUGAAAUAGAUGCCGAUGUUCCACAAGUGACGACACUCGCCUGAAAACUUAACAAACGAUUUACACGCUUGACUGCGUUUGUGGUUGAAAUAAAUCUGUACCCAUUGA